AAACAUGCACAGAAUCCUGGUACUGGGAAGAAACUACGCUUUUCUAUACAAACAAGCAGAGACACUGGGAAAUCAUGCGGUUCAGCAUCCUCUUCUUCAUCGUGCUCUUGGGAUUCCUCUACCUCACUCUGGCACAAGGCUCGUAUGAGGACUGCUGUCUGCAGUAUGUCAGAAAUAUUAAGCCGUCUACGAGGAACAGAGUGAUCAGCUACAGAAAACUAGAGCUGGACGGAGGCUGCAACAUCCCAGCAGUUGUCUUCACAAUGAAACGUGGCCGUAUGAUUUGCACCGACCCCAGAGAAAAAUGGGUCCAUGGACUCAUGCAGAGGGUGGACAGACUAACAAAGGCCUCAUUUAUGAAGAGGAAGAAUUUAAGGGGUUAAACAAACCAGCGGCAGCCGAGAGAGGACCAGAGGGAAAGCAGCCCGAGAGUCUCGGCCAAUCACAUUCUUUCUUUGAGAUCUGGCUCUCCAAGCGCACAUUUCAGCAUGGAUUGUGAUAUUCUCAGUACUUCCGGUGUUCCGUCCUGUGCUCUAUCUGGGAUAAGGUGGCAUUUCCUGUUUCCAGACUUUUGUCGCUUCACUGACGGACUGCUGGUUAAAUGCUCAGAAUGGGAGAUGGCCAUUAUUUUCCUUUUCCACAUGCUGCUGUUGCCCUCUGUUAUAAAGCCUUGUGAGCUGCCUGCUUAGAAAGCCCAGAAGCAUACUUUGGUUUAGCACAGGCGCACAGUCAGCAGUUUGUUGUUGUUCUUAUUCAGUCUCCUCCGUUUCUUUUCCAACUGUGAAACAACGGCCUGGUUCAGUGUACUAAUUACUGCAAAGUGCUGAUGACGAAAAUACCCUAAAAAUACCAUAGUGUUCGCAUAAAAACAGAAUUGUAGCUAGGCUCAAAAGUGGCUCUGCAUUGUAAUCAACUCAAUUAGCGCUCAUGUAAACCGCAUUUAAAUUACAUUAGGCUACAUUUAAAUUACUUUUACUGGUACUUCUCUGAAUUUAAUAAAAUGUAUAUUUAAAUUCCUUGUGUUUUGUCCGCCAUAUAGCAAAGCGUGAAAUGCUGCUUGAACAUACUGACUACAUAGGCAGCUCACUAGUUGUGUAUAGCAUACUGUAUACUACUGUAUAGCUCCUGUAUGAACUUUCACAUUGCACACUUUGAUUUACUGCUUUUGCCCCACAGUAUCUAUAAUAAAUAGCCAGUGUGAUCGAAAUAUUAUUAGCUGUAAUUGUGGGUGGGAAGGUUUUGUAAGCAAAGCAGAUAAUCCUUCUAUUUCCUUAUGAGUUUAUUAUACUGCCGACAAAUGACUUUUGAGUUUGUAUGAUAUUAUAAUGCAUUGUAAAUGAUGAUUUGUUAUUUUGGUUAAUGCAAUAAGCUUAAUGGGUGAUUAUUUUAUAGUUAUUGAUAGAAUGAAUAUUCAUAGAUCGCAUUCAUAUUCAUGAAUCUCAAUUUCUGCAUAUUUCAUUUUAUAUGUUUGGUAGAGGUUUUU